GAUCGUCAAAGCUGUGUCCAGUACCUUUUCGUUCUUUUCGCGGAUCGGGUGUUCGUUCUUGCACUUGUAGUUUUUGUUAUUGUUUUUACUACUGCAUCAGCUGGAUCAAGAUCUAAAAAUGAGACAGACAUUUGUGGCUCAAAUUUUGCUGCUGCAAAUUGGAUUAUUCGUAGGACAUGUUAGGACCGAAAUCAGCCAGCGAACGAAUUAUCAAUCGAUCGAACAAAACACAUCGGGUUCUUCCUUUGCAUCGAUAGAAAAUUGGAAAAAAGACUGCAGCAAAGUCUACAGUUCAACUUGUUUGAAACUAGACGUUGUUUCUUUUGUCGAUAGAUUAUCAGAGCAGGAUGAUCUUGGUAUUCUUCCUGGAGUUUCAGUAGUAAAGCAAAAUAGUUCAGUCACGAUCCCGGUAUCUGAUGUUGUAGCCAAUCUUGCUCGAGACUUUCCUAAUGAUGUAGAUAAACGCAUGGAUGCUUAUUUAAUGCAUAGAAUUGGAACAUAUCUGAAUAGUCAUGCAAUUUCUAUCAAACUCUUUGAUCCACGAACCUUUGAAGCAACGAGGACUUUUAAUGAGGCGGCACUCGAACAGUUAGGACUUAGCGAGCAACAUAAUAAUAAUGCGGAAACUGCGCGAAGAAAAGAUAAAAAUGGAAUGGGCGGUCUGAUGGCCGGUCUCAUGAUGAUGAAGGGCACCUUAGGAGCCCUGGGAUUCGGAGCUCUUGCGAUGCUUGCGGGUAAAGCUCUCAUGACAGGCCUCAUGGCCCUUAUGCUGUCAGCUAUCGUGGGUUUGAAAUCGCUGACUAGUGGCGGCGAAAAGAAAACAACGUACGAGAUUGUUAGCAAACCCGUUUACACUGCUUCUCACGGUCAUAGUUCCGAAGAACAUCAUGGCGCUUACGGUGCAGGCUAUGGCAGAUCGUUGGAUAUGGCUGCGGAAACGGUUCACGAAGCCCUAAAGAAAUACGGAAAUGUUCGCGGUAGACGAACGAUUCGAGCAGCUUAGAAUAUCAUUUUUCGUUGGAUCAGAAUUUAAUUUUUGGUUAUUUCGGUAUUGCCAUUGUAGACACGGCGUCAUCGACAGCUCUUCCUAAUUUAUUUAUCAUUUUUCUUUCUUUCUUUCUUUCCAUAUGUCUCUGUAUCAUUACUGAAAGCAUUUAAACAUUUAAUGAAGGCGUGUAAAUAAAUGACCAUCACUCAUCUUAA